CAUGAUCUCAGUGGUAAAUUCCCGAUGUGUGUAAUGAGUCUAUUUUUACUAUCGUUACACACGUUGCUGAACCACGAUCUCAGUGGCGAAUUCCCGCAGUCGGUGGGGGGCUUUCGAUCAGCACACUGGCAGUGUAGAGGUACCCUUGAUGUUUCUAUAUUGGUAGGGGACGGGUACCAUCCCAUUUCUUUUAACACUUUCAACUGAUUCGAAGGCCACAGGAUAUUGUAUCAUUGACUCCUUAUAAUAAUCUGCGACAUUUAUCCAAGGCCAACAACUGCCAAUUUGCAGCCAUGGAUCGCGGAGCUCCAAGCUACCAGAGCACCCUGAAUCGACCACUCGGUUAUCCUCAAGGACCGUCCGGCGGUUACUCCCAGGGAAUGUCGUCCGGUUCCGUCGCUCCGCAGUACAGCACAGGCUCGAACCCUCAACUGAACCCGAGCCCAUACCUGGGGUCGAGCCCUUACCCGGGGUCGAACCCUCCUUAUUCGGGACUGAAUCCCGCCGUGCCUCAAUACUCGACCUCGUCGAGCGGUGGCUUUCAGCUGACAGGCAAUCCGAGCAGCCAGCUUGAGGGAGCGACUUUGGGGGGUACUAACCCUAGCGUGGCAGCAUCCGUUUCCCCGUUUCCGCACCAAUACGGUCAGCCGCAGCAGCAGCAGCAGCAGCAGGAGUCGAACCAGCAGAGGUACCAGUACUUGAACCAGCAGCAGCAGGUGCAGCAGCCGCAGCAUCAUCAGCAGCAGCAGCAGGAGCAGCAGCAGCAGCAACUUCAGCAGCAGCAUAAGCAGCAGCAACAUGUCGGGUCUGGAGCUGUAGCCAUGCAAGACGCCAAUGCGUUGUGGGAGCGAAUCGAAACCCUAGAGGCGGAUCUGCGCAGUGCACGGCUGGAGGCAGCAAGGGCGAGAGCUGCUCUGGAGGCGCAAGAGCACCGAUGCGCCGGCCUGGUGGAGGAUGUGCGACGUUUGGAGUCGGAUCGAGCACUGCUCAAGAAGCAGGUGGACGCCUUCGCCUCUCAGCUGCACCUCACCAACUCGCAGCUCGCUCAGGCCCAGGCUGCUCUGCAGGCUGCGGAUGAGCAGAGCAAGGCGCACUCCAGCAAGUCAGGGGAGCAGACGGCAUCGCUGCGCAAGGCAGUGGAGGCAGCAGGCAUUGAGAGGGAUGCAGCCGUGCUGGCUAAGGAGGACUUGGCAUCGCAGGUGCGGGUGCUGAAGAGACGACUGCAGGAGGCAGAGGAGGAGCAGUGCAAGGCAGAAGAAGCAUCAGCUGCACUAGCAGCGGAGCUGAGAGCGUUGCAGCACUCAGCAGAGGCCACAGUGGAUAGGGCAGGUGCGGCGUUUGCUCCCGACCCGGACCAGCUCAGGGUUGCCGAAGCUGCUAGGGAUGCUGCCAAGGCUGAGUUGCAGGACGUGCGGCAUGAACUGACAGGCAUGCGGCAGCAGCUGAUAGCGGAGAGGCAGAGAGUGGCAGUGGCGUCUGGGAGCAAGGAGGAGGUUGAGAAGGAGCUGGCAACCGUGCAGGCGAAGCUGCAGGAGGCGUUGGAGGCCCAGGAGAGGCUCAAGAAGAACGUCAAGGGGGAGGUUCGGCAGGAGGAGGAGGGGAACAUCAGGUCCGCCAUCGAGGCUGAGGUUCGGCAGAAGCUGGAAGCGGAGGUCAGGGAAGAGGCUGAGAGUGAGUUUCGGAAGAAAGUGGAGGCCGAGGUUCGGCAGGACGUGGAGGGGAAGAUUCGUAAAGAGCUUGAAGCGGAGGUUCGGGAGAAGGUGAAGGUUGAGGUUCGGGAGGACCUAGGAGGAAAAUCUGGGGGAAUUGCAGAGGACUCAAAGGCCAGCAGUCAAGGAGAAGUGGAGGAGGGGGUUCAAGUGACUUCUGCGAGCGAUGAGGCUCGGAAAGAGAUCGAAGCAGCCGCUGUGGCUCGGACGCGGCAGGAGGCGAAGGAAGAGGCUCGGAAAGAGGUUCGGGAAGAGCUGCGGUCGGAGCUUCGGCAAGAAAUUGAGAAGCAGGUCCGGGGCGAGGUGACGGAGAAGAUCCGGGAGGAGGUGCGGAGGCAGGUUGAAGCAGAGGCAAGGUCAGAGGCAAAGGAUCAGAGUGAAGUGAAAGCAGUACAAGAGGUUACAGAGGGUGCUUCUUCUUCUGCUGCUGCUUCUGCUGCUGCUGGCCCAGCAAAGCAGACAGACGGGGAAGGUGUGGGAGUAAGAGGAAGGGAGGAAGUGGGAAGUGGAGUUUUGGCUGGGAAGGGAGAAGGAGAAGGAAAAGGAAAUGGUGUGGAGGGAGGAGGGGGAUCAGAGGGGGGAGAUGGGAGCCAGGCUGUAGUGCAAUUUGCGGAAGAGCUUGUGAGACUGAAGGAGGAGAGGGAGAGAGCAGAAGCGGAGCGGGCUCAGCUGAAGCAGCAGGUGGAGAAGCUGUCGGCCUCGCUGGCUAAGAAGGAGAAGGCACGGCUCAGGCUGCUCUCUGAGUCCAGCUGAGGUGAUUCUUUGCCAUACUUAAGUAU